GGAGAGCGAAAAACGAAGAAAGAAGAAAGAGGAAAGAAGAAAGAAAAAGCAAAGAGAGCAACGGACAAGCUUUCAGGGUUAAAGAGGGACAAAAGAACGGCUGCGUCGUGACUGGCUGGAAAGGCAGCGUGUUUACGCGAGAUAGUGGGGGUACUCGGUGGCUCAGCUGAGCGUAGUAUAGAGGUAGAAGGUUGACGAGAGGGAGAGCUAGUUGCGAAUGAGCGCUCGUCGGGCGUGCGUCGUUACGGCGUCGAUCGAUAAUGUCGUCUCGUGAUCGACGAGGAACCGUCGAAUCUUGAGAAGACCGAUACGAUAGAAUAUUAUCGCGUACGGGUUUUCCGAUUAAGCACGCCCGCGUAUAUACCGUGUUCGCGAUUCGAUAGUUCGAUCGCGUACGCGCAGUGCAAAGUGCGAGCGUCCCGCGAGCGUUCGUUCGAAAGUAAUCGCUUCGACGGAGAAGCGUUUCUUUCGCCGUUCGUCGUUCGCCUCUCGUCUCUUGCCGAUCGAUCGAACAAAACGCGUGCGUGCAUCUCGCCGAAAGACAGCGUCGCGUGCUCGCCAGUUCGCGUCCAGCUUGUUAGUAGCGUCGGGUAUCGCGAUCGCGAAGAUCGUCGCUCGUCGCGGUGCUCGUUCUCCUCGUCGUCUCCUUCGAUCGUUCGUCUCGGCGUCGCUCCUUUCGACCGGACGAGGAGAAGAAGGAGGAGCGAAAUACGAGGAGCCGAAGAGUCCUGGUAAACGAGAAGAAAGAAGAAUACGCCGCCGAAAGGAAGGAUACUCGAUACGUUGUUGCUCGUCGACGAGUCGAAGCUCGCGAAGCUCGCGAGUUGUCCAAGUGCAGUGCGAUCGCCGGAUUAAAAGUGAAGUGACGAGAAAAAUUGAAACGACUGGCCCGAAAAUGGUGCCACAACAGCAAGACAGCCCGUCUAGCUCGGGAAUUCCCAUGUUUGGAUCGUUGCUCGUGGAUAAAAAUUCAGCGACGCCGUACUCUGAUGCCACGCAGACGAAGAAGAACAAUCCGAAUCAUAUAAAGAGACCGAUGAACGCGUUCAUGGUUUGGUCGCAGAUAGAACGGAGAAAAAUUUGCGAGAUUCAGCCGGACAUGCACAACGCGGAGAUCAGUAAGCGAUUGGGUAGACGGUGGAAGACGUUGGACGAGGCGGAAAGGCGACCGUUCAUCGAGGAAGCCGAGAGACUCAGACAGUUGCAUAUGAUGGAAUAUCCCGACUACAAAUAUCGACCGAGGAAAAAGACGUCGAAACCGACAGCGUCGGUCGCUACGAAGACGAAGGAAGGCGCCAAGAAGUCGAGGAAGUCGUUGGCGUCGUCCUCGUCGUCGAUCGCGUGCAUCGGUACGUCGAGAGGCCACGCGCGAAACGACAGCAACAACAACGUGCCGACAAACGGUAGCGUCGGUGCUACGGUCAAGAGAUUACAGACGCACGCGACCGCUGGCAAACCGAUGUCGCGUUUGAAAGUCAGAUUGGCGCUCGACAAACGAUCUUCGCUCGAUUACACACCCGCGCCACCGAUCGUCACCGCCAAGAUACCGAGCAGUCCAUCCUGCGUCACGCCCGAUUCUCCGGAAUCGGCCAGUUUCUACGAGGACAAUUUCCUCGACUGCGCCUCGUCCGCUCGUCUGGGCGCGACCUCCGCCUCGAGCAGCAGCCUCGUCGCGUCCAAAGGGACCGGCAAGAUCGACCGCGAGGCCAACCUGGAUAUGGACUACGAGACCGCGUUCGAACCGAAGGAUCGAUUGUUGUCCUCGGUCGGUCCCGUUUCUUCCAACGUCACCGCCGCUUCCUCCGUUACCUUCCCGGCAUCCGUCGAGGACAUCGACGGACUCAUCACCGACAGGAGUUAUCGCUCGCAAACGCCCAGCCACCGUUCCAACUUCCUGGUGAAGGAGGAACCGAUCGAGACCAUGGAGACGGACGCGGAAGUCGAAACGACCAGCAGGACAAGGACGAUGUCGUCGCCGGCUGCGUUGCACGUACCGCAACGAACGUCCCCGCCGUCCUCGCUGACCACUGCCAGGACCACGAUCCCUGCCCUCUCGUCCUCCUCCGUGUCCGCCUCCGAUUUGAGCAUGUCGACGAACGCGGCGACCAGGACGAUCGAGGACGGCGGCGCCGUGCUCGAAGAAACCGGUCUCGCCGACGCGACCGCCGCCGCCACGGUGGUCAAACUCGAGGAACCGACAAACAAUCCCAGCCUGGCCGACCUUUACUCGUUGACGGACCUCUUGCAGAUACAACCGUCCGAUUUCAAGAUCGAUCUGGACAUGGAGACGAUCACCACCGAUCUGGAUACCUUCGAAACUGCCAGUUCAAGCAGCGGCUCGCAUUUCGAGUUCUCCUGCACGCCCGACGUUACGGACAUGUUGUCUACCAUCGGCGUCGGCAACGACUGGGUCAGCUUCUGAAACGGAACGAGGCCCUGGUUUCGCUUUUCCGCUUUGUCGCGCGAUCGCCCUCGGAGAAAUCCUGUCCGACCCUUUUUGUACAUGUACUGUAGUAUAUUAGAUAUAAGGUAUUUUUUUACUCUGUACGGCAUCGUUAACCGACGAACGUAGUACGUAGUCGUCGUCGCGAUCUUUCGAUUCGUUUGUUCGCCGCGACGAACCUCGGAACCAACGUUUUGAUCUCACGUUUCUUCGUCUUUACCUUCGCAACGACGUCCCACUCGUUCGUGGCUCGUUACGGCUGAUCCACGCGACCGCUUUUCUAUCUUUCUCGCGGUACCCGUACUUUCGACGUUCGAACAAACGUUAUUCGAUCUUUCGAACGCGCGCUCGUCCAAACGACGGGCUUCACGAUAUCGAGCACACUGCCAACUGAACUCGUAUCUACGCGUCAUUCUAUCGUCAUUCUCUUUCCUUCGCUAUCUCUCUCUCUCUUUUUUACUCGUUCUCGUUGGCUCUUUCAUAUUUAAUUUCAACCGGACGCGAUUCGGAUCGUUCGAUUCUUCCUUCGACUAACUCGCUCAAAAAGAUAAUAAUGUCCGCACGUACGAAGGAAAGAAAAAACUUUGAAGCGAACGGAGCGAACUCGAACGUCGAGAACCAAAGUAGAAAACGGACUUUUGCGCCUGUUGUCUUUUCGACUGCCGAUUAUUCGCGUUCUCUCUUCCCUUUUCCAACGAUUUAAUAGGCUGUGAAUAUUCUAAAUCUAAAGAUAUCCGACAACCGAUCGAAUCCGAUUUCAUCGUCGCUAAUCGUCGAACGAUUCGAUCCAUUGGACGACUAGCGACGUCGACGAAAAUCUGGUUUUUGCUCGUCGCGAUUCGAGUCGAACAGAAUCGAAUCGCUUCCGUUUGGAUCGAAGGGAAGUCGCGCGCGAUAACUACCCCGAGGGUGAUGAUUUUUCCGCCACGCGACGUUAUCGUUUUCGCUGCUCUCGGAACGCGUCCGGGAACGGAGCAGGACAUAGGAUAGCGAAGGGGAUCAAGAAAAAUGGAGAGGGAAGAGGAAUAAGAAAAAUGUGACGAGCAGAGAAAUCGGUACGUUUCUACUCCGUUACCCGUAACUAUAUAGAAAUAUAAAGGAACACACCAAAGUGCAAUAUUACCCGUAUGUAUAUCUGUCCGUAAACUCGCCAACGGCGAACGAAAGACGACGGUCGUUCUCGAAUAUAGAAAGGGCGCAGGAGAUUAAGAAACGAUCGGUUUCAUUUUUUCGAGCGUACGCAAGUUUGCGAAAAAUGCCAACGAAAGCGCGUUAAGCAAUAUCUUCCCGCGAAUACGGUUAUCGGAGAUCGUAGCGGUCGUCGCGUUCGAGGCGUUUGCUCGAAAUCGAGGAACGCGACGAUUUCCCUCUUCUUAUAUGUAUACAGGUACGUAUAUGUAUCGCCCUACUCGUUGUUUCGAGUUUCCGUCGCUUCCGUGAUUCUCGUCCCGUUACCUUGGAUCGUUCGAUCUCGUCGCGCGCGAGAAGAAUAUGCUCGAAAUCGCGUUCGUUCUCGUUCGCGCGCGUCGAUACGCGAACACCGCGCGUAUUCCGAGUAAUUUCACGCGUCUGAUUCUCGUGAAAAAAUCGGGAAACGCCUCGAGCGUGUGCAGCGUUUAACGCGCGCGCGAUCGAAAGAUCACGCGUCCGAGCCGUGCGUCUGGUAGUUUUAAGUUCUCAUUGUACCACGAUAGCGAGAUUAGUCGCAUCGACGACUAACUUUAUACGCGUAACGACUGUACAUUUGUAUUUAGCCCUUUGUUUAUACGAUGAUACUUAUUACAUUGUUACUAAGUAUUCGAUUUAUAUAAUUUUUUUUAUCGAACUUAUUAAAAAAUAUUUGAAAAACGA